AUGCAGGCCCCGGUGGCGUCAUCGAGGGGUCUGACAAAUCAAGUGGCUUCGUCCCUCGAUGAUGCGCCCCGUCCGCGCCAGAUUCUGCUGCUGCUGCUGCUACUGCUACGGAUACAGAAGAACAGACUCGCAGCUCCCACCCACGCCUCCCGCUUCCCGCGCGAAAAAAUACCUCCCAAACACUGCAUUUGUACAGCGCAAAAGAGGUACCUUUGUUGCCCGCUCGUUACCACAUACAUCCCACCCUCCUUUUAUAAAGCCUAUCGCCGUCCCGCCCCAUCUCGGCGUCGGACUGCCUUCUUCUUGAUCCAAAUGUCCACACGAAUCUUCCGCCCUUUCCAACGCAUCGCGAGAUCUUCAAUCCCAUCUACCUACAGAAACUUCCACGCCUCUUCGCCCAACAUGGUUGUCCACAACGUUACGAGCAAGGCCGAGUUCGACGCUGCCCUCGAGAAGGACAUGGUCCUCGUCGACGCCUUCGCCACCUGGUGCGGUCCCUGCAAGGCCAUCGCCCCCCUCCUUGUCAACCUUUCCAACGAGGAGGCCAACAGCGGUGUCCACUUCGUCAAGAUUGACGUCGACGAGGUCCCCGACGUGAGCCAAGAGCUCGGAAUCCGUGCCAUGCCUACCUUCCUUCUCUUUUGGAAGGGCAAGAAGGUUCAAGAGGUUGUCGGAGCCAACCCUGCUGGCCUCAAGCAGGCCAUUACGAAGUUGGUCGAGGACGACAAGGCUGCGAAAGCCAACGGAGAGAAGCCUCAGGAAUAAGCCACACUACGGCAUGCAACGAAGAGGGAUGUGCUGAGUGAAUGGGUUGAAAAAACAAGGAACCGAGGCGAUAUCAAUACACGCUCCUCGGAGCCUUUGCCGGCGCUAGAUACCACAAUACAUUGUUGAAAGAUCUUACGACCUGUUGUUAAGUUUGAUUGUUCAUGAUUUCGGUAAUGGGGUGGUGGUCAUUUUCAAGUCAAUCCCUACGCACUGUCACGC